UACUCAAUCGUAAAACUACAAGAUCCACUGGACGAUCAAAGAAACCACACGUUGGUCGUGAAAUCGUUUGCUUUCUUUCUCUUGUCUUCGAUAAUAAUGUUAACGUCUGUCCGCUGACUGGUAGCUCAGCAUGCUGUGUCUGGUAAGGGCAGCCAGGCAGCAGCUGUGCCAAGCCUUUUCGGUCAGGGGACAGUGGUUAAAAUGUGCUGCCCCAUGUACAGAUGCAGUCUCAGCUCAAAUGUACGGCAUUCGCUGGAGAGGUGACAAAAGUGAGCUGAAGAGACGAAUGAAAUCUGACAAGAAGGCGGCCGAGAAAGAAGCCAAGGUCAAAGAGCAAUUGGACCAAAAUAAAGAAUCCAAUGAACAAGGAGCUCAAAAUGCCUGUGGGUUGGAUGAGGAGACGCUUGACCCAAAUCAAUACUACAAGAUCCGCACCCAGGCCAUCCAGGAACUGAAGGGCACAGCAGAGGACCCGUACCCUCACAAGUAUCAUGUAGACUUGUCACUCACGGAGUUCAUCGAGAAAUACAGUCCUCUACAGCCUGGAGAUCAGCUGACGGAUGUUGUUCUCAAUGUGUCAGGCCGCGUCCAUGCCAAGAGGGCUUCUGGUGCCAAGUUAAUUUUCUACGACCUGCGGGGUGAAGGCGUCAAGUUGCAAGUCAUGGCGACCUCAAGAAAUUACAAGUCUGAGGACGCCUUUGUGGCCAUCAACAACAAACUGCGCCGCGGAGAUAUCAUCGGUGUCCGUGGUAACCCAGGGAAGACAAAAAAGGGGGAGUUGAGCAUCAUUCCCACGGAAAUGACGUUACUAUCGCCGUGUUUGCACAUGUUGCCCCACCUCCACUUUGGCCUCAAAGACAAGGAAACACGAUUCCGCCAACGCUACUUGGAUCUGAUUCUCAAUGACUACGUGAGGCAAAAGUUCAUAACGCGCUCCAAAAUCAUCACAUACCUGCGCAGUUUCCUGGACCAGAUGGGAUUUUUGGAGAUUGAGACACCAAUGAUGAACAUUAUUCCUGGUGGAGCAGUAGCCCGUCCAUUUGUUACUUACCACAAUGAGCUGGAUAUGAACCUGUACAUGAGGAUUGCACCUGAGCUCUACCACAAGAUGCUCGUGGUUGGAGGAAUGGACAGAGUGUAUGAGAUUGGUCGUCAGUUCAGGAAUGAAGGCAUCGAUCUUACUCACAAUCCAGAGUUCACCACCUGUGAAUUCUACAUGGCAUAUGCAGAUUACCAUGAUUUGAUGGAUAUCACAGAGAAACUACUCUCGGGAAUGGUGAAACACGUCACUGGAGGAUACAAGGUGACUUAUCACCCUGAUGGCCCGGAGGGACCGGCCCAGGAGAUUGACUUCACGCCACCUUUCAGAAGAGUGAGCAUGACACACGACCUAGAGAAGAUUAUGGGAGUGAAGUUCCCUCCUACUGACAGCUACGACAGUGAUGAGACACGUAAAUUCUUUGACGACCUGUGUGCACAGAAAGGAGUUGAUUGUCCUCCACCCAGAACCACUGCCCGCCUCCUUGACAAGAUGGUUGGAGAUUUCCUUGAAGUCACCUGUAUCAACCCCACAUUCAUCUGUGAACAUCCUCAAAUCAUGAGUCCCUUAGCGAAAUGGCACAGAUCACAGAAAGGCCUAACGGAGCGUUUUGAGCUCUUUGUGAUGAAGAAGGAAAUCUGCAAUGCGUACACUGAGUUGAAUGAUCCGGUUAGACAGAGGCAGCUUUUCGAGCAACAGUCCAAGGCCAAAGCAGAAGGUGAUGAUGAGGCCAUGUUCAUUGAUGAGACCUUCUGCACAGCUCUGGAAUAUGGACUGCCACCAACUGCCGGCUGGGGGAUGGGCAUUGAUCGUGUCGCCAUGUUCCUCACAGACUCCAACAACAUCAAGGAGGUGUUGCUCUUCCCAGCCAUGAAGCCUGACGACAACAAGACAGCAGCGCCCAAAGAGGGCACCUCCGUCUAAUGACAUGACCGCUCCUGCUACCAGAGCUGUGCAGGAGUCCAUAUGGAGUAGGAGCCUUUUCCUCACUGUCGUCAUCAGUGAGGCCUGCAGGAUUUUUGAUUUAUCAAUGUUGGUCUGUCAAAGGUUUGAUUGGUGUUGUCGUUAAGGGAAAUCAUCUUGUCUCUGUUACAUAGUCGACUGGUAAACAAUGACAAAUGCUUCUUUCUUUCCUUUUUGUAUUUCUUACACUUUUGCAAUCAUAUUUGCUGCGUCAUCCUCGAGUGAUUCUAAGGAUACGUUUUAACCCUCAUUGUCGUCCGGACGGUAAAUGGAUGGUAUUUGAUCAGGAAGUCAUGUGUGAUCAGUGUGUUGUAUGGAAACUUGGCUGAAAUUUUUUUUUAUAUACUUUUGAGAUAUUUCACAGGGUGCUUGAUUCUGUCAACCAAAUAGAGUAGAAGCACCACAUAAUCAAGCUCCAGCCCCUGUGCUCUCAGUAUAUUAAUCUGUUUUACCAGGUCUGCUUGUAUUCCAUGUUUAAGCCUUUUCAAGCUGGACUUCACAAAUUCAAUAUUCCUCUGCCAACAAGUUAAAACAGAGCCAUGUCAGAAUAAAGAAUGAAUCGACA